AUGGACCCAGAUACAAUAUGCGGUGCUGACGAUAAACUAUUGGAAGAUCUUGGCUUGUGCGCUAAAGGAGAUAUCUGUGCUUUGCGCUCAUAUUGCCAAGGAUGGAACUCUUCAAGCACGCCCUCAGGAUCAUUUACGCAGUCUCCUGAAAGCUGUAGACAAGAACGAAAGCGAAAGCUGAUGGCUAUUUUGCAGUCUGGCAAGAAAACUAGGCUGAAGCAAAACGUUGCAGAGACUAGUACUAAAAGUAAAAAACCCAUGCAACAAUGUUGUUACGAGAUCUUCUGUACAAAUGAAGGAGAAAACAAGACGAAUCCAGCUUGGAUGGCUACAUUAUAA